UAAGGCAGGCGAAGAUGGCGGCGAGUUGUUGUGGUGUUAAAAGGCAGAAACUAAACAACUCAAUGCCUGCGGUUUGCUGCAACGGGUCGAGUGUCCAUUCCAACUAUCACAAGAAUGGAUACACUGUCGCUGUUGCCGAUAUGUGCUUUUUUUGUUUUGACGUUCUUCACAGCCACUUGUAUAGUUACGAACAACCCAAGUCCCCUAUUUUUACUAACGAAUCAUUUCCUUUGUUUGUGACAUGGAAAAUCGGCCGGGACCGUCGUUUGAGAGGCUGCAUUGGAACUUUCUCUGCAACCAGCCUACACGGAGGCCUUCGGGAGUAUGCAGUGACCAGUGCUGUCAAAGACAGUCGGUUCAGUCCGAUUUUAAAGGAAGAGUUCCACAAACUGCACUGCUCCGUCUCCAUCUUAACCCAUUUCGAAGAAGCAGGUGACUGCAUGGACUGGGAGGUGGGCAUUCAUGGCAUUAGGAUAGAGUUUGUGAAUGAAAAAGGUCACAAAAAAACUGCCACAUAUCUCCCAGAAGUGGCAGUAGAACAAGGUUGGGAUCGUAUUCAAACGAUAGACUCACUUCUGCACAAAGGAGGUUUUAAGGGACCCAUAACUCACGAAGUGAGAAAAAGUAUACGACUAACACGAUAUCGUAGUGAAAAAAUUACUGUUAGUUAUCAUGAUUACCAGGCAGAGAAACUGAGCAAGCAGCGUGCAUGAUGACAAGUGUACAGUCCAACAUGGCAGCCAAUCAUCUUUGUUGAUUUGUCACAGGCAGAGGUCAGUCCAUCUCACUGGCAGGGGGUGUCAGGUUGUCCUGAACCAUACACUCGGUCACGUGAGAUGGGCCACACUCUAUUUUAUAUAUUGCAGGGAUUUACAUCAUCAAACCAUUUGUGCCCAAUUUUUUCAUUCUUAUUAUUGCUGUCAUUUCUUUAUGUUUUUUGCACAUUUUUUUUUUUAGAUUGCCUCUCUAAAAACAAAACGGCUUAACUCACAACUCAGUUUUAUGUUUUGUGGGUAAAUGGACUGUCCUGAGUUUGCAUCCAUUGUAACACGUUAUUGACUAACAGCGUUUUCUAACAACUAAGAUUACGUAUUAAAUACAUUAAAUGUCAGUGUGUGUAUAUUCAAAGUCUGUCUUGUCGUCGUAAUGUUUGUAGUGGCCCAAAACUACAUUUUACCAUCAAAUAAUUUUGUACAUACAAAUGUGGAGAAGUAAAAUGAGGUAAUACAGACAUUGGGACAAUAAGAAAGACAUUUGAUAUACAAAAACUGAUAUUCUAACCAAUAAUCUGUAUUCAAGAUGAAUGUAUAUUUGUUACAAAUGAUUUAUUAUUUGGAAAUAUGUUACAAUGGUUGUAAACUCAGGAUCGUCCCUUUAAGCUAGUAACACACAUCUCUGUAAAUGGUCCAUUUAUCGAACUGUAUCCAGCAAUGUUUAACAGAGAUUGGCCCACAUGCCGACUAGGUUUUGUUUUGUUUCAUAUGAGUUUGGACACUGUUAAAAAUGCUUCACGGACCUUUAAAAGUGUCCUAUAAAUGAACCAUUAUACAGAGCGAUAUGUGUUUAGUGUUAGCCCUGUUUAUAAUUCUGUUCCAACUAUGACAAAUACAAAUAAAACUUUCUAAGCAGCAUUUAAGGUACAAUGUAUCCCAUAAUUUUUGUCAAACUAGGCCACCUUUACGUAUUUGACUAUUUUUAUAUUUCAGACAUUUGAGUUACGUAUUUAAGUUGUGGUUUGGUUUGGGGUUGUUUUUGGAGGGUUUUUUUGUUUUGUUUUAUUUUUGUUCUUGGUUUGUUUGUUUUUUGUUUUUCUUUGUAGCGCAUAGUUUA